AUGGUCAAUUGUAAGAAACAACAGAGAGGUAAGAAGUUAGCGGUAUCUUCGAAGGCGCCCCCCACUAAGGGAAGAACGUUUACUGGAUGCUGGGCAUGCAGAUUUAAGAAGCGGAGGUGUGACGAGAAUAGGCCCAUUUGCUCGUUGUGCGCCAAACAUGGAGAUAAUUGCAGUUACGACAUUAGACUUAUGUGGUUAGAGGAGAAUAUCUACAAAGUACGCAAGCAUUCGUUGAUCAAUUCAUUACAGGCUCGUAAGUCGAAGCCGGUGUGCCAGAAAAUAUCCAAAACCAGGUUUAAAGAAAUGACGCAUUUUAGACAACUAUCGCCCCCAACAAGUGAUUGUGAAGAUAACGCGCAGGAGGUCAGCAAGGACACUGCGCUACCCAGUGACAAUACUUUUACCAUAAGUGUGCGGAGAUUGAAGAUAUACAACAAUGCGGUGGCUUCUGUCUUUGGGAGCACGGCAAACAGAAACUACAAUCAAAAACAUAUUGACAAGAAGUUGGACAAACUGCUGAACAUGGUGGAAAAGGACAUAUCAAUCAUUAGCCCCAAUUGCUCGAGGCACGGGCCUUAUUCGGUGUUCAAGGCCAAUCCGACUGCUCCUGCUGCUACUCUUACGGACCAGCUGCCGUCGCCAGGUCAUUCCAUGUCUUCAGCGGACGAAACCGCUACUAAUACACUGUCAUCGCCGCCAGAAGACAAUGCCUCUUUGAUCGAUAUAAUUCAGGGCAAGAUCUUUGGGAUCCUAUGGUUUAAUUGCUACGGGAACAUGAUAUUGAACCGACAAGAAUACACGACGUGGUUCAUCAACAAGAUGAGGAACUCGUUAACUACAGAGUUUAUACGCUUUUUGGGGAAAAUUAUUGACGACCCUGACAUCAAUAUGGCCUCAUGCCUGUUCCGAGAGUGUACUGCUCGCUGGAGUUGCGUCGAUUGGCAAUCCAUAGCUAUAACAAUGCUGGUCAUCAUCCAUGGAUAUACCUGCCCUAACUUGACAAAACUACUGCGAGUGUGGUUUCUCCAACAGAAACUGUUGAGGUUUUCAAUGUACCCGCUAGUCAACUUUAUCAUAAACAACACAAAGGAUUUAGACGUUCUGUACCAUUGCAACGAAUUGUUGGGCAAUGCCGAUUUGUUCGAAGAUCCUUACCAGGACGAACUUACCUCGGAGUUACAUGUCUUGGUCACGGAGCGUCUCGUAAAUAACUGGAAGGAUACGAUAUUGCAGCAACUUUGCUCUUGUCAAGAUACCACACUUUCAUGUUCCCAACUGCGGUACUGGCAACUACAAUUGAAAUGUAAUGAACAAUUUUACAGGGAUGUUUAUACCAUGCAGGAUUAG